AUGAAGAUCGAGCAGCUGGAGCAGGAGAACCAGGGCCUGAAGGAAGGGGGUGGAGCCUCAGCAGCCAGCCCACCACCUAACCCCGCCUCCAGCCCCGUAGAUGAGCUGCUCCGCCUCCAGGCUGAAAACUCCACCCUGCAGAAGAAGAUGAAAGCCCUCCAGGAGCGUCAUGACAAAGAGCUGCAGAGGCUGGCGGUUGCUCAGGGCAACCAGGGCGUUGCCACGGAGACUGACGGGUCAGCUGGCCCCAAUGGAGUCUCUGAUGUCACAGGGGGAGGGGAGGAGCCGAUGGGGGGACCCAAUGAGAGACUGGAACAGACGGACUCCCAGCCAACAGACAAACAGCUCCACGGCCUGUCAGAGACGAGCGUAGAGGAGAUUGUAGCUAAGCAGGCAGCGCUAGGCUGGUCGGCUGCUCUCUGUCCAAUAACUCACUGCUUUGGACCAGAGCUGGAGAUGAAACUGAGCACCGAGCAGGAGGAGAAGAGGCUGCUGAGGGAGCAGAUCCAGCACCUGGAGGCAUCCAAACAGGCUGAAAUCACCAAACUGCAGGAGGAGAUUACCAAGCUGACUGACAAGUUAAAGAAGAAGCAGGAGAGUUUCCAGCGUCUGCAGACGGAGAAGGAGGUUCUCUACAACGACAGCAGGACAAAGAUCGAUGAAAUCAACCAGAGGAAAGAAGAAGAGCUGAAGGCCUCGAACAUCAGGAUCCAGAAGCUGCAGACGGACCUCAUGGCAGCCAAUCAGACGACAGCAGAACUGAGAGAACAACUGCAGAGCAAAGAGAAGGAACAUGAGGUGGCUCUGCACACCCUGAAAGACCAGGUAGCCAAUCAGAGCGCAGUGAGUCAGGAGCAGGUGGACAACAUCCUGCAGGAGAACGAUGCUCUGAGGACAAACCUAGCUGCUCUAGAACAGGAGAACGGUACUCUUGGGGAUGAUCUGUGUGCACUUGAGCAGGAGAACCAUGCUCUGAGGACCGAAGCGUAUGCAUUAGAACAGGAGUACAAUGCUCUGAGGACUCACCUGUGCGCUCUUGAACAGAUCCAGACGGUGAAAACUCAGGAGAUGAAUCUGUUGAGGGAACAGCAGGAAGCUCUGACGGCCGAACUGCAGCAGAGACGAACCGAACAGGAGAACCUGUUGGCUCAGAGGGACGACCUGGACUCUCAGCUGCAGGAGUCGAGUUUCGCCAACAGGAAGUUGUUGGAGCAGCUGACGGAAGAAGGUCAGGAGAAGGAGAAGCUGCUGAGGGAGCUGGACGAGGCCAAGAAGACGGCGGAGAAGAGGAAGUCGAUGCUGGACGACAUGGCCAUCCAGCUGAACCAGGAGAAGUCCGACCACAAGGAGGCGCUGUCAGACCUCAAACUGCAGCACGAGAAGGAGGUCCUGGGGGUCAGGGCUCGCUAUGAGAAGGAGCUUCGAGGUCUCCAUGAGGACAAGAAUCGAUCUGAGGAGGAAAUCAGACAACAGCUCCGAGACGAGAAGGCCCGGUCCAAGGAGCUGGAGUCUUUGCAGCCUCGGCUGGAGGAGCUUCAGGCUCAGGUUCAGUCCAUGGAGGGAACCAAAGGCUGGUUUGAGAGACGACUGAAGGAGGCAGAGGAGAACAUCGAACAGAACUCUCUGCAGCAUCAGGAGGAGGUGGAACGUCUGCAGAAGGAGCACGGUGUCCAGCUGCAGGAGAAGCAGGAGGAGAUGGAGGGACUGAAGCAGCAGCUGGUGGAGGUGGAGAAGCAGAAGGACGAACACGUGGACGCCAUCGGGAAACUCAAACAGGAGAUCAAAGACACCGUGGACGGACAGAGGAUCCUGGAGAAGAAGGGGAGUGCAGCGCUGAAGGACUUGAAGCGGCAGCUGCAGCUGGAGAGGAAGCGAGCCGAUAAACUGCAGGAGAGACUCCAGGAGAUUCUGACCAACAGCAAGACCAGGACAGGUCUGGAGGAGCUGGUUCUGUCAGAGAUCAACAGUCCCAGUCGGACCCAGCAGACCGGAGACUCGUCGUCUGUCUCAUCCUUCUCCUACAGAGACAUGAUGAAGGAGACUCAGCCGACCAAUCAGAACAAGUCUGGAGGAGGAAGUCCUCAGUCCCAGCGUCCGGCCGAGCUGUCCGAUGACGAGGUUGGAGAGCUGUUCCAGCGCCUGGCGGAGGUCCAGCAGGAGAAGUGGAUGCUGGAGGAGAAGGUGAAACAUCUGGAGGUGAGCUGCUCGUCAAUGGCUGAAGACAUCUGCAGGAAGAGCGCCAUCAUAGAGACCUAUGUGAUGGACAGCCGCAUCGAUGUUUCCGGCUCGGCGGUCGGAGGUCACGGAGGUUCUCAGGGAGAUCGUGGAGGUCUGAGUUCCGUUCUCAGAGAUCUGGUGAAACCAGGAGACGAGAACCUGAGAGAGAUGAACAAGAAGCUGCAGAACAUGUUGGAGGAACAGCUGACCAAGAACAUGCACCUGCAGAAGGAUCUGGAGGUUUUGUCCCAGGAAUUAGUCCGUCUCAGUAAAGAGAACAACCCUGGAGCUGCCGCUGGGUCGGGAUGAGACUAUCACAUGGAUCCUCUCUGUCCAUUCCCCUCCGCACCUGGAUGUUUGGGCUGGGCUCAGACUAACACCUGGAUAUGAACUUUUCUUCUCCCCCUCCACUUCCUGUUCACAACCUAAGACCUGCUGUGGGCUCUGAGUACUUCUUGGAGCUGCUAUGAUUUCAACACCUUGGAUGUGACUAAAUGCUGGAGUGCAGAAGAAGAAUAACGUAAAGACGAGGAGAAGUCACUGUUGAAUGUACUAUUAUUAGACCACCACCGCUCUACUCUGUUGGGUCCUGGCUACAACCUGGAAAGACUUGUUAUUUCUAUUGUAACUGACUGCAAAUCUUCACUGUGUCUGUCUGCUGGGCCUGGCUAUGUCCUGGAGCAUCUGAACUGACGUGAUUGUGCAGUAACUCUGUUGUGAUCUGGCUACUUCCUGGGCUUCCAUCCGCUAAACAGACAGCGCCGCUUUACUGAAUGUGUGGGAUCUGUCUAUGACCUGGACUGUUGCUCUCAGCUGCACGUCAUGGCUUUCAUCAGCUGGUUGUCAUGGAGACCGUUGUUGAAGACCAGGAGGUGUGGCUGAAACACAGUUAUUGAUUAUCCUCUGAGCUGAUCGAUCAUCUAUAAAUGAUCAGAUCAAUGAAAUCUGCAGACUAAAAACUGUCAAUCACGUUGUAGCCGGAUGUGACUACGUUCUGGAUCAGGUAGUCCAAAUCAACGUAAACAAAAAUCUGAAACCAGCUGUUUUAGGCUGCAGCUGCUAAACUAAUCAAUACAAAUAGUAAUUAUGGAUCAGUGGUGAUUAUCGGUAAAUAUUCAGCUCCAAUACCAGACGUUAGCCUGAUCCCGCCACUCAGAGUUCAUUCAUGAAUAAUUUAAAACUUCUCCAAACGUCUGAUUUUUUAACCUGCAGAUUGGUUGAUAACGUAUUGAUCUGCUUUUAACUAGAGAACCUGAACUUGUUUGCAUUGUAGCUUCAUAAAUAACAGAAAUAUAUAGUCGCCUUUAAAGAAUCUUCAGAUUAAAAACAAACCAGUUCAUGUGUAGGUCGGUUGUGGCUACAUCCUGGAAAGUCAUUUACUAACUGAUUGUAUCUUUGGAUUGAUUUAACUGUUUUCUGUGUCUGUGUCGGGCCGUGACUACUUCCUGGAGCUCGCUUCAGUCUUCAGUGUCUUUUGAUUUUAUUAAAAAAAAAAACUUUUCAUGCAGUUCGACUCCAGUUUCAUCGAAACACAGCAGGGACGCCAAAUGGUGUGGGCCGGUCUAUUUACUGGAGCAUUUUGAGGGCUUUAUUGGAAAGAAACAAAAAAAAGCAAAACUUCUGACACUGAAAUCUGAAGUUUAUGUUUGAGUCACUGGAGAAAUUUGGACGUAACUUUAUUGAAACUCAGUUUUGCUUCGGCACCAUUUGGCGUCCCCGAAUGUUUACACAAACUCAGCGGUUCUGCUUUUUAUUUGUUUGUUUGUAAUGAUGUAACGCUCUCUGGGGCUCCGUCUAUGCCUUGGAUCACACUUCCAUCCUCAGCAGGGACAACAAAUGGAGCAGAAGAUUAAAGUUUCAGCUUCCAUUUGUUGAAUUCUUGUGUCGCGCCGGGUCUAUUUUAUGUUUUGUGUUUAAAUCUGAUGAACUUUAGACACUUUUUCUGUCUGCUUUGCCUUCAUUUCUGGGAUAUUUUGUUUGCUCACUGGAGCCCAUCUACAUCCUGGUGUAGAGCAUAAUCCAGGAUGUAGACGGGCCCCACGUCUACAUCCAAGACGUAGAUGUGGGGCCCGUCUACAUCCUGGAAUACACUCUAUACCAGGCAACCUUGUGCUGGACUUAAAGCUUGUAACGGGCUUUGUGUUUUAUGUUGCCUGUAUAUUGCUGGGUUGUUUAUUUUUUUGUUUGUUGCUCACUGCAGAAAACAUCAAUCUGGUGUUAAAAUCUCAACCUGAGGGAGGAAAAAUGUGACUCGUGCAGCUUUAUAAACUCUUAUUCUACCUUAAAUCAAACCUUAAACACACAAUUCUUAAAAAGUGCAAAAAGAACUGAAAACAUCAACAAAAUAAAGUUGUUGCAUGAGAUCUCGGUCGGUGAGUUUUAAAAUCGGAUGUUAGAACCGGACUGACCGGGCGGGAUUGGUCUGUGUGCUGGGCAGUGGCUGGGUCCCGUCUCCUGCUUGUGUUUUUGUUUUUUUAGGUCUGUAUAUAAACGCUGUGAUACGACUCCUAACUGUAUGAAGAAUCUAUUUAUGACUGAUGAUCAUGACGCUAAUUAUUGUAACUACCAGAAAAUGUGAUAAAAUUCUGUCUGACAACGAA